AUGUCGGAUUCCGACGCGGUUGUCCACGUGUCGGACGAUUUUGUAACCGAUGUGCUCAGUCGGGAUUCUUAUCAUUACUAUGUUUGGAUACUUACAAGUUUCGUAAUCUGCUUGUUCAUCCAUCACGCACUAAGUCCAUUCAUAUUUCGACGACACAAUAAGGCUUAUCGGGAGUUCUCUCGGGAAAAGCGCAUGGAGUGGGAUUCACGUCUUGUGUCUUCCAUCCAUGCCACCGUGGUGAGCGUACUCUGUGUGUCUACCCUGCUAAGGGACACACGGAUUUGGUCACAACCUCUGACCUAUCCAUCAGCUUGCGGAUUGGUCGCUCUGUCCAUCUCGGUUGGCUAUUUUCUCUGUGGUGAGUUGGGUGGCUUUAAAAUUUCCUUAGUGUUGCCAUGA